UAGUAUAUAGCCUGUGUAUCCGGUUCUUCAAUUGAACUGAUCUCUGAACAAUGAGAGGAACAGGUGCCCUGUUGGUCUGGCUGGUGAUAGUAAACGGUCCAGGAUUGGUUCUGGCCAAAGAUAAAAUUGAAGGAGGAUUUACCCCUAUUUGUAGGAUAUGUGAACUUAUCUACGGAAUAUUUUCCCCUCAGUGUUAUUUUCACUGUAUGAAUCCAUUACCUUAUCCUGGACCUGUUGUAUCUCAGCCUCAAACCGGGGUCCGCCGUUAUGACAUUCAGUGUGCCUACUGUCAAUCUAUCCAUGGCGUCGGAUCUCCACAAUGUAACACUUUUUGUCACGGAAGAAGGCCUGAAACCCAUGGGACCAGUUUCUGCGUGUUUUGUCUCUUCAUAUACGGACCAAAUUCCAAUCAGUGCACACGCAUGUGUCCAGUUAUAGGUUCGAGUACGAGCAGUGUCAAUGAUCCUAUUUGCGCGAGAUGUCAACAGGAACAUGGCGCUGGAUCUCCCCAUUGUCGAACAGUGUGUGUUCUAAACGCAUUUUCUAUUGCAAAUAGCAAUAUCAUAGCCAGCAUGACUGCAGGGAAUUCAGCCGAUUAUCUAAGGAAACCUGUUAAAAGACUUGGAGUGUACUAAAAAUCCUGCUAUGUCAAGUUGAACGUUGUACUUAAUACUUUUAACAGUGCUUCUUUUCAGAUCCUAUGGUGGCAUAUCUCUGCCCCUUGUGUGCAUGUUAUUUUUCUAUUAAAUAUGUCGACAUGCAAGAUAAAU